UGACUCCGCCGGGCCGCCCCUUCUCCGCUGGGAUCCGGAUGGCGGUGACGGUGACGCUGGAGCCUGCGGGCCUCUGCCGCUGGGACGAGCCGGUGCGCAUCGCCGUGCGCGGCCUGGCCCCGGGGCAGCCGGUCACGCUGCGCGCGUCCCUGCGCGACGAGAAGGGCGCGCUCUUUCGAGCCCACGCGUGCUACUCCGCCGACGCCCACGGCCAGCUGGACCUAGAGCGCGCGCCCGCGCUGGGCGGCAGCUUCACAGGGCUCGAGCCCAUGGGGCUCCUCUGGGCUCUAGAGCCCGAGAAGCCCUUGCUGCGGCUGGUGAAGCGGGACGUGCAGACGCCCUUCGUCGUGGAGCUGGAGGUGCUCGAUGGCCACGGCCCGGAGGCCGGAGGGCUCUUGGGCCGCGCGGUGCACGAGCGCGACUUCCUGGCGCCGGGAGUGCGGCGCGAGCCCGUGCGCGUGGGCCGGGUGCGCGCCACGCUCUUCCUGCCGCCAGGCACAGGACCAUUCCCUGGAAUCCUUGAUCUUUUUGGAAGUGGUGGUGGCCUUUGUGAAUACAGGGCCAGCCUCCUGGCUGGACAUGGUUUUGCUGUGCUUGCUCUGGCUUAUUUCAGAUUUGAAGACCUCCCGGAAUAUUUGAAUAACAUGUGCCUGGAGUACUUUGAAGAAGCUGUGGACUUCAUGCUGCAACAUCCAAAGGUGAAAGGCCCUAGUGUUGGGCUUCUUGGCUUCUCCAAAGGAGGUGACCUGUGUCUCUCAAUGGCCUCUUUCUUGAAGGGCAUCACAGCUACUGUAGUUAUUAAUGCCUGUGUGGCCAACACAAUAGCUCCUCUGCAUUACAAGGAUAUGAUUAUUCCUAAUCUCAGCAGUGACCCAGGAAAAUAUAAAAUCACUGAGUCAGGCCUUUUGAAUUUGGUGGAUAUUUGGAACGACCCACUGGAGAAACCCAACCACCGAAGUCUUAUUCCAUUGGAAAAGGCCCAGGGACCCUUCCUGUUUAUCGUUGGCAUGGAUGAUCAUAACUGGAAGAGUGAGAUCUAUGCUCAGAUAGCCUCUGAACGGUUACAAGCCCAUGGGAAAGACAGACCCCAGAUAAUCUACUACCCAGGAACUGGCCAUUGUAUUGAUCCGCCUUAUUUUCCUCCUUGUAGAGCCUCUGUGCAUGCAGUCUUGGACCAACCAGUAUUCUAUGGAGGUGAGCCAAAGGCUCACUCAAGGGCACAGGUAGAUGCCUGGCAGCAAAUCCAAACUUUCUUCCAUAAACACCUCAAUGGUAGUAAUUUUUCCUUGAUGCUUAGUGGCUCAAAGAAGUUGAAGCCUAAAAGAAACUUAGUUGGAGACACUUAAAAACACUAACAGCAACAAAAAACAAAUCAGGGGCUUCCCUGGUGGCGCAGUGGUUGAGAAUCUGCCUGCCAAUGCAGGAGACACGGGCUUGAGCCCUGGUCUGGGAAGAUCCCACAUGCUGUGGAGCAACUAGGCCCAUGUGCCACAACUACUGAGCCUGCGUGUCUGGAGCUUGUGCUCCACAACAAGAGAGGCUGCAACAGUGAGAGGCCCGUGCACCGCGAUGAAGAGUGGCCCCCGCUCUCCGCAACUAGAGAAAGCCCUUGCACAGAAAUGAAGA